UUGGUUUUUUUGUCACCCUGAGGGGAAUGUAGCAUGUUGCAACUGUUUCAGAAUGCAGAAGACAGCAGUUUGUGUGUGUGUGUGUGCUCCUGGCUGACAGAGAAGCAGAGAGAAUGCUGUGGCCUUUAAGAGCAGACAGGCGACAUAAAGACACAUACACACAAAACCACACCAACAUGAACGCACAUAUAUGAACACCCUCCCUUGUACUCUCGCUCUUACACGCUCUCUCUCUCACAGACACACUUUUCCGACAGGCGUACAUGCUGUCUGCAGCACAUGCGCAUUCAGGCUGCACGCACACACACACGAACACACACACAAGUGCACGCUGUCUGGCUGAUUAGCUUGCAAGGGCUGUCUACAGCAUCCAGGGAGACGGCGCUACAGGAGGCAGCAGGGCUUUGCUACGGCAGAGAGGAAGGGAAGAGGAAGGGAAAAUAAGGGGAGCCUGAAGCUCUUGGAUUAGUUUCAACCUGAGACAUAAUUUAACCAGCCCAGGGAGACACGAUGGAGUGACUGGGAUACUGCGGGGGAAGCUACUGGGAGAAGGACUGUGGACUGUGUGUGUGUGUGUUGGGAUCAUCGCUGAGGCACAUACGGGGCAGAUGCAGCAGGAGGACGACUGGGCCCGGCCCCUGGAUCCGGUGCGCUGUGGGGGAGGGGCACUUUGCAGAGUAGACGCAACGCAGGGAGACGAGGAGAGAGCCUGUUUUUCCCCACACCGAGCGCUCCGAUGUGAUUUUGUAGCCUGACCGACCGUCUGCUAGCUACAUCACAGGCCUGGCUCCCUAUUUCUCUAUUUCUGUCUCUCCUUCCUUCUCUUCUCUCUCCAUUGCCUUUCGUCUCCCUCUCUGUCACUCUCUGUCCUCUUCCUCUGUCCCAUCGCUCAAUACUACGGUCAUCUUUCCCACCCUGUCGUCACUGUCUUUCCAUCCCUCCAUCCUUCUAAGCUCCUCUGUCCUCUUUUAUCUCCAUCUGUCUGUCUCUCUGACCUUCUCCAACAUCUUGGCUUUUCUCUCUUCCCUCUCCCCCAUUGCCUCUGUUUGCCCUUCAGACGGUCCCCCUCUCACUCUCCAUCUUCUCCCAUCCUAUCCCCCCCUCUCCCCACUCUGCUGUUUGAUUUGGGUCAGUUCUGCUCACCAGCUGGGAUGAGAUGUAGUCUCUGGAGCUUGGAGAUCCAGGGGGCUCCUGGCCUGCCGUUUGCGGGGCACCCUCAUCUGUGGACCGUCCUCACACUGGGGCCCAUAUCUGGACGCACUGGGUGGGUGGCCUGCUUCCAGGAGAACUGCAUGUAGUGACGGACUGUGAGCACCAGUGGACCCUGUCCCUCUCCCCCUCCUCCCCCCUUGGCGGGGGGAAGCUGUCGCUCUGGAGUGUCCCGGCCUGGCCGGCUGCGGCCUACACGCUGCCCACACGCUGACGACGAAUCCCUCCUCAUGCUGCUGGGACACCUGCAGCGCCCCCACCCCCAGCCCGCUCCACUACCGGUCCUCCUGUCUGGGCAAGCGCCCCUCGCCCCCCGUCACCCUAAGCAUGGGUGUGGUAGAGGCCAUUGAUCCCGCCUCGCCGUCCCCUUGCCCCUCGCCCGUGCCAGGCGGCUACCGGCUGCCCCGCUCUUCCACCAGCUUCAGCCAGCUGCAGGGGAGGGGAGGAGGGCCAGACCUGGAGCUGGACCUAGGUGCGACUGCCGGAGGGGUUCUGGAAGGGUCUGGGACGGCAGCAGAGCUCAGGACACCUCUGGUAGACCUGUUCUGUGAGACCUGCUCGAGACCAUGGCUCAUUGGAUGGUGGGACCAGUUUAAGAGGAUGUUGAACCGGGAGCUAUCUCACCUGUCAGAGAUGAGUCGUUCAGGUAACCAGGUGUCUGAAUACAUCUCCACUACCUUCCUGGAUAAGCAGAAUGAGGUAGAGAUCCCGUCUCCGACCCUGCGGGAGCGCGACCGGGACAAGCCCAUGUGUCAUAUCAGUGGAGUGAAGAAGCUGACACACAGCUCCAGCCUGUCCAUCAACACCACCAUGCCACGCUUCGGAGUCAAGACUGAACAGGAGGAUGCACUGGCCAGGGAGCUGGAUGACUUGAAUAAGUGGGGCCUUAAUAUCUUUCGUCUGGCUGAGUUCUCCAAUAAUAGGCCUCUCAGCUGCAUCAUGUUCGCCAUCUUCCAGGAGAGGGAUCUGUUGAAGACGUUUCAAAUCCCUGUCGACACCUUCGUGACCUACGUUAUGACCCUGGAGGACCACUACCAUGCCAACGUGGCCUACCACAACAGCCUCCACGCCGCUGACGUCACACAGUCCACCCACGUCCUGCUGUCCACACCGGCUCUGGACGCUGUGUUCACUGAUCUGGAGAUCCUGGCUGCGUUAUUUGCUGCUGCCAUCCAUGAUGUGGAUCAUCCUGGCGUGUCCAACCAGUUCCUCAUCAACACCAACUCGGAGCUGGCUCUGAUGUACAACGAUGAGUCAGUCCUGGAGAACCACCACCUGGCCGUGGGCUUCAAGCUGCUCCACGAGGACAACUGUGACAUCUUCCAGAACCUCAGCAAGAGGCAGAGACAGAGCCUGCGCAAGCUCGUUAUCGAUAUGGUGUUGGCGACAGAUAUGUCCAAGCACAUGAGUUUGCUGGCUGAUCUGAAGACCAUGGUGGAGACGAAGAAGGUGACCAGUUCAGGAGUGCUCCUGCUCGACCACUACACUGAUCGCAUCCAGGUACUGAGGAACAUGGUGCACUGUGCGGACCUAAGUAACCCCACCAAGCCCCUGAUCGUGUACAGAGAGUGGACUGAGCGCAUCAUGGAGGAGUUCUUUAGACAGGGGGACAAGGAGAGGGAGAGAGGCAUGGAGAUCAGCCCUAUGUGUGACAAACACACUGCUUCUGUGGAAAAGAGUCAGGUGGGCUUCAUUGACUACAUUGUGCACCCUUUGUGGGAGACGUGGGGGGACCUGGUGCACCCUGACGCCCAGGACAUCCUGGACACUCUGGAGGACAACAGGGACUGGUACCAGAGCACCAUCCCCCAGAGCCCCAUCUCCCCACCCCCAAUCCCCCUCGGCCCAGACAAGAGGCUCAACGCCUGCAUCGACAAGUUCCAGUUCAAGCUCACCUUGGAUGACGACACGGAGGGAGGACAGGAGGACGAAGAAGAGGAGGAGGAGGGGAAAACCACCCCCAAUCACAUGGUGCUGGACCGCAGUCAGGGAGAGGAGGAAGACAAGAAAGAAGAGGGGGAAGGAGAGGAUGUGGUAAAGGAUGAAAGGGAAGGAGACAUCAUCGAGGAGGAAGGGGAAUUAGGGAUGGAGGAGGAGGAGGAGAAGAGGGGAGUUCUUCAGCGAGCUCAGUCAGGGGUGGAGAUACACUCUGACACAAGCCCCGUGGAGGACGAGGAGGAGGAAGACUCCUCCUCACCAGCUGAUGACACAUGAGUUUCGCUCCUCUCUCCCUGGCCACACCCCACAUGCACACACCACGCCCCUGUUGUCCAUCCUUUAUUUCCGAUGGCCAAAACCCAAUAUCAAAUAAGACUACAUAGACAAUAGACCUUUAAAUCUAUUUUUCAAAAAGGGAACUAAAAUAAUAUUGCUUAAAGAAAAGCUAUUUACACAGCAACUGUAGAUUUGGAGCUGGAGGUGUUUCUUCCAGCUGAUGCUUGAGGAACUGCUAUGAGGACAAAGAGGAACAUAGAGAAGCAUUAAUAAUGGGCCAUUGAAGACAGUGUAGCACUGGAACUGAAACACACACACAUAAACAUGCACAAACUCACCUCCACACACAAACACACCUCACUCACACACUUUGAUUCAUGGAAGAAAAAAAACUCUGAAGUCUACACACGAGAAUGUGUGUGUUUGUGUGUUUGCGCGUGCCUAUGUGUGCGUGUAUGUUUAGAGGAAUCUGAUUGGUAACGAAUCUCUUUGGAAAAAGCCAUCUCUAUAUGGAGUAUUAACUAGCGUCAGUCAGUAUUACUAGUUCAUGUUUGUUAGAAUUCAACAAGAACUCUGUUUUUUUCUGAGUGACUUAUUUUCCAUUUCUGUCGGAAAGAAAACUACAGAUAUCUAUCUAUAGAGGAGGAAUGGAGCGAGAAAAGAAGAGAGGAUUAAGUUUAAUAAAGAAAGGAAGAUGCUGUGAUGAGGGGACCUGAGGGUCCCGCCUCCAUUUUCCCAUUUUCCCUUUAUGAAGAAGUGCUACCGGUACAAGAUGGCUGUGUGCCUUUCUGGAAACACCAGCUCCUGAAACAUGGAGCUGUCGUGAAGCAGUGCAUCGUGGGACAGGAGUGUCGGCUUUUGUCUUCAUUUUAGAUUGUCUCUUGUUCAAAUAUCUAUUGUAACUGUUAAUGAUUGUGUGUGUGUGUGUGUGUGUGUGUGUGUGUGUGUGUGUGUGUGUGUGUGUGUGUGUGUGUGUGUGUGUGUGUGUGUGUGUGUGUGUGUGUGUGUGUGUGUGUGUGUGUGUCACAUGCUCAGUAUGUUUCUGUGGUGACAGGUUUUCAGCUGUAAGUCUUCCUUUGUUGCUUUUCAAGUUGAUGAGACGUUUCAGAACUCGUAGAUAAGGAGCAGUCACUACCACUACACCACCACACCUGCUGCUUGUGGACUCUCCAGUUUUUACAUAUGAAAAUUAUUUUUAUUUUUUACUUUCUGAGGAUAAGCCAUGUGAUACUUUACAGUAUAUGUUCUGCCUGUUUUCUAUUUUUUAUUGUUUUUGCUAAAUAUGUUUGAAGGAUUAGGAUAAUAUCAUCAGCAGCACAAAUUCACAUUCCAUCUCUUACCCACUCACACUGUAUUUAUUCACCAGUCUCUUCUCACUUACUGCAUCAGUUGUCACCAAAGCAACAGAUUGGAAACUGAUGAGGAGAGAUGCUUUGACGGGGCAGACUGAGAGGAUUUUGUCAGGGUGAUUUUAGGAUUGGAGGGAAUCGAAAGAACGAGCUUGACCAGAAAGGAGGCUGUUCAGACAGUCACACACAGCCAUUCUUGUUAUGUUUUAAGCUUUUCUGCCUUAAUGUCAAAUGCAGGAUACAUACCUGCAACUAUGUAGAUUUAUAAGAUAAAUUCUAAAUAUCCUAGUAUAUUUAUACCAUGUCUGUAUGCCUCUGUAUGUGAGUGUCUGUGUGUCUAUACACAAUGUACCCAGUACCCAUAUUAAGAAUGUGUUGUGUCGAGAGAGAGAGAGAGAGAGAGAGAGAGAGAGAGAGAGAGAGAGAGAGAGAGAGAGAGAGAGAGAGAGAGAGAGAGAGAGAGAGAGAGAGAGAGAGAGAGAGAGAGAGAGAGAGAGAGAGAGAGAGAGAGAGAGAGAGAGAGAGAGAGAGAGAGAGAGAGAGAGAGAGAGAGAGAGAUUUCUCUUCUUGUGUGUCAUCACGCACUAGAGUCACCAUCCUGGCUGUAUGAGGACAUGGUCACGGGAUUGAUCAGCACACAGCUUGAAUAGGUCUCAGUUUGACUUGGAGUUGUUCACAGGGUAAAAAAACAACAACAUAAGUAUAGCUGGUUUCUGCUGGUCGGUAACGUAGCUCGUCUAAAGAACAGCCUGUGCCUGAUGGAACAGAGGCCUGAGAUCCGUCCAGUCCAGCUCUGUGAUUGGCUGGAGCAGCAUUGCGGUGUCACUGCACAGGCCUUUAUUGUUGGAAUGGGAAUCCAACGUUACUGUCUCAGUACCUGGAGUAGGAGAUUCCCAUGAAGCUUCCCUCUGUCUUUGAAGAUAUACGGCUUUGUUUAUCUGGCUUUUUGUUUUUUCAUGAGCUAUAAAAACAAAUAAAUAUUUUAUUGCCAUUUUAACACAAUACUGUAGCGAUCAUUUCUUAUUAAGAAAUUAUUCAUUCGAUGAAUUGCUGCCAUUCUUUUUAAAUAUUGAACAGAAAACCAUGGAAAAUACCACAAGUUUGUGUACAGUUUUUAUUUUUGUAUCAUUCUGGUGGAUGGAUGGUCAAGAAACGAAACUAUAAGGACAUAUUGAUUAUAUAACUAUUAGCAUUAUCACAGCUUGUUUUGUAUAUUUUGUAAUGUUGGAUUGUAAAUUAGAAAUUGAUUCAGGUCAUUAUCAUUGAUAAUUAACCAUGUUUUAGUUACAAGAAAAUAACUUAAUCAGUAAAACACUACUGGCCACACCAUCACGCUUUCCUUCUCUUUUUCUGUCCUCAUCUUUCCUCUGUCUUUCUCUUUUGUGCUAUCAUUUUUCUCACACACAGAAGUGUGUAAAUUUCAUUAUUAGAUUAAUUAGAUGGAUUGGAUGAAUCAGGAUUAGAUUAAUCAUCAGAAAAAUGAAAAUAUUUUGUACCAGAACUUUAUUUCAAGGGAGGUUGUAGGGUAGACAGUGUGGUUAAAGUAAUAUGUGGGUACAGUAUGUGUUUGUUGGAAGAUUUGGUAGUUAUGUCUCUCACUAGUUCCGUUGGACCUGGUUUAAACCUUAGUUUUUUUCUAUUGUGCUAUUCCAUGUUUGCCCAUUCCAUACUGCUCAAGUCAUAAUCAAUGAAAACUAUUCAUUAUCAAUAUGCCAUGUAGGAGUGGUUGUGAGUAAUUGACAGAUGUGCAUGGGUGAAGCGAGAGGUAAAAAACAAGAAGGUUCUGAGAGAGACAUUGCGUAGCCAUUUUGAAAUUAGCUCCACCUCCACUUCUUGGUCAGUUUUGUCAUAUUAGACUCCCUCCAAUAACAAUUAUCUGGGCUUUAAUCCAUGUGUUACUUGUUCAUAAGUUAGGAAAAUUAUAUAAAUGGAAAAAACACCAUGAAAUGAUUGUAAUAUUUGUAAAUUAUAUUGCUGUAAUGUGUAAAAUGUGUCCAAGUUAUUUUUUAUUAUAUUAUUUUUAUGAAAGGUUUUCUUCUGAGAGAACUGAGGUGUUAUUUUGUGAAUAAAAUGCAUUUAAUAAGCAAACAGCUAUAUAAUACAAUUAUAUAUCAGUAUAUUUUUAUUUUAUUUCACUGUUCGGUACUGUAAAGUGUGUUAAAAUUACAAAUAAAGGAAGAUUUUUUAUAAUAUAAGCAAAGAGAAAUGGCCUACUGGCUUGUAUUUGUUGUCUGUGUAGGCUACUGUGUGUGCUUAGUAAUUGUAUCAGAGAUUUUAAAAAAGGAGUAGACUAAAAGGUCAAGGUCUUCAAUAGUCUGGUUUAUUGUGGUUUAUAAAGUGAAUGUGAAUACUGUGCUUCCACACCAUAUUUUUAUUUUGAGAGAAUCAAUGUAUGAGUAGACCUACAUGUUUAUCAAAGACGAUCUAAGCGAUUAGUAAGAAUGGGCUACAAAGACUUCCAUUGCACACCAUGAGGAUUCUCAAUACAUAUGAUAAGCCCCAUUGCAGGAAUUGAUGGACUCAUUUCAGCCUGACAGUUUCAGGCUAUGCUAUCUAAUUAUUUGGCUUGCCUUGAUCAUAGCUACCUCUCUUAUAAUUAUGAAGUAUUUUCAGUGGUGGAAAAAGUACCGUAUUAUCUUACUUGAGUAAAACUAAAGAUUCCUUAAUAGAAAAUGAUUCAAGUGAAAGUCAUCCAGUAAAAGAGUACUAUGGUAGUAUUUGGUUAUUUUAAUUUUACCUCUUUUUCUCCCCAAUUUCGUGGUAUCCAAUUGUUUAGUAGCUACUAUCUUGUCUCAUCGCUACAACUACCGUACGGGCUCGGGAGAGACGAAGGUUGAAAGUCAUGCGACCUCCGAUACACAACCCAACCAAGCCGUGUUAUAUUCUCCUACAUUAAUUUCACAUUUCCACAAACUUCAAAGUGUUUCCUUUCAAAUGGUACCAAGAACAUGCAUAUCCUUGCUUCAGGUCCUGAGCUACAGCCAGUUAGAUUUGGGUAUGUCAUUUUAGGCAAAAAAAAAAAGAAAAGUGUACUUUAUACCACUAAGUAAAAUACUAAGUAUUUUGACAGACACGUCUGCAACCUCAAAUCCACAUAAC